GAAGAAUGUGGUGAACAAGGAAGUCAAUAAAGCGACAGGAAGCCGUAGUCGAUCUCCUUUUGUUUCUUUCUUUCUUUCUUUUUUCAUCCCAUUCGCUAUCGUUUUUAGACUGUUAUUCGGAAUAACGAAAAAUCUGUUGUCAGUUUCAUUCUCUGUAUUGACUUUGUUUUUUGUUGUUUUUUUUUUUUGAAUGGUUGAAGGUGUUUGACGUUAGUGCUGAGCUAGUUGUGUCGGCUACGAGAGUGCUAACAGGCCGGAGGCCGUCUGCUCGGUUCACCGCUUGUCGGCCUUCCUUCGAAAGUGAAACAUUUGGUUUCGAGGUGGGACGGCGGUGAUCGAAACGUUCUUUCGAUAGCGUUUAGUGUAGCCGGUGUGGAAUCGUUAAGACCAACAAGCUUCCGCAGACCGGACGAGUAUGUAUGCCCCUCCGGGUUCGAGCCUCCCUGGAGGCCGGAGAAGGAGAGGGGGCAGCCCUUUGCCCAAGCAACCAGAACGGAGCCUGGUCUCGGCUCUGCCCGGAGCCCUUUCCAUAACCGCCCUGUGCACGGCUCUGGCGGAACCAGCCUGGCUCCGGAUUCACGGAGGGACUUGCCCCAGACAAGAGCUCGGAGUGGCGGAUGUCUUAGGCUACGUUGACCCCAAGCUCCUGGCCGAGUACUGCGUGAACCCGCAGGCCAUAUUGUUGCUGCGAGUGAUCGCCGCCUUCUGCUUCCUGGGCAUCUUUUGCAGCCUGAGUGCGUUCCUCCUGGAUGUGUUUGGACCCAAGUACCCCGCCCUCAAGAUCACGCGGAGAUACGCCUUCGCCCACAUCCUCACGGUUCUGCAGUGCGCCACCGUCGUCGGCUUCUGCUACUGGGCCUCCGAGCUGGUUUUGUCACUGCAGCAGCAGAACAAGAAAAACCACGGCUCCCUGGUGUACGUCGCCUUCGCCAUCAGCUUCUACCUGGUGGCGGGCGCCGGCGGGGCCUCCAUCCUCGCCACGGCCGCGAACCUGCUGCGCCACUACCCCAGCGAGGAGGAGGAGCAGGCCCUGGAGCUGCUCUCCGAGAUGGAGGACAGCAGCGAGACGUUUCCCAUCGAGUACGACGUCGGCAACCAGUUCCAGCCCCCGCCCGCGUACACGCCUUGAUGAGCGGCGGCGGGGGCCACAUGUCUGCUUUGCAAAUACCCUGAACCGUUGAGCACGGCGCGUGCGGCCGUGCGCGCACGCUACGCGACUGACAAGCGCUUUGGGUGCAUGAGAGCGUCGAAAUGGUCGAGAGUUUCACAGAUGCAUGUAAAUGGCUGUUAGGGCUCGCUUCUUCAUCUAAAGCACCGGUGUCAAACCCAAGGCCCGGGGGCCACAUCCGCCCCGCCCCGUGAUUUGAUGUGGACCCGCGAAGGCAAAUCUGAGCUGUCAAACUUUCACGAUUCUUGUUAAAACCUGUGCAAAAAUUUCAAACUUGUCAUAUCAGAAAUGAUGAGACUGAGGUAUUGCAAGUGUUUUUGUCACCAAACAUCAACAAUAGUUGGAAGAAACAAUACCCUUGAUUUCUGAUGCCAAAAGUAGUUCACAAAUUUAAGGUGUAAAAAUGAUGAGGCGAUUUAAAGAUUUUUUUUUAUGGUUUCAGUCGUAAAAGCCCUCUGAGAGAAACCCUAACUGCAAUGUGGCUCACGACAAAAAUGACCCCUGACCCGAGUCAUAGUGUUCUGAAGCAGUGGUCCCGAAUAUUACAGUAUGUAAACCAAACUAUUGUUUCUUAACAAAAACGCUUGCAAUAGCUCAGUCGUAUCAUUUGUGAUCUGACAAUGUUAACAUUUUUGUACACGUUUGAACAAGAAUCCUGGAAGUUGACGCUUAUGAUUUGCCUUUGCGUGCCACAUCAAAUCAUGUCAGUGGGCCAGAUCCUGGCCCCCGGGCCUCCAGUUUUGACACCUGUGAUCUAAAGCAAGAGUGCUCCACGUGGCCGAUGAAGUUAUUGAUGGAGCAGCCUGAUCCAUACCGAUUUUCUUAUCACUUUUAUCCGAGCGGGUCUUGUCAAGCGCCGGUUGAUUGGCGGCGCCGAGCGUGUUCCGGGCUGAGGCGUGAGGGUUCUUUUUGUCUGACGGUUCAACAAAACGUAGGUGCUUCGGUCGCACUUAAAAGUACAGGAAGGAAAAACACCUGUGGCAUUUUUUGUUUUGUAUGAAAUAACAAACGGCCCUUUUAUUUAUUGAUUAGUUCGACGUCUGGCUUUUGCUUCACUGUCGCCGGUUUCGUCUUGCGUGGUCACGUUCUGUGCGUGACAAAAGCCAAACACGUUUUCUGUGCUUUGACUCGCCACCACUGAAAGCGUUUCAACAUUAAAAUGAGAUGAGAAGCCUCGCUGCAUUAGUUUCAUAUUUUCUAAAUUCAUCUUUGUUCCGUGUGAGAUGGUAGUGUCUCAUUUCUUGUGAGCUCUUUCGUGUGUACUGAUCUUAGAACCUUCUUCUCGAUCAAAUUGUGAUUCAUGUGGUGAGCCAAGUUGGUUUUGUGCUUUUUUUUUGUUUUGUUUGGUUCACACAGU